GUCAGGUCCGGUGUGCGCCACUGUGUCGACCGACCGUGUUAACAUCAGUUACACGUGCGCUCUCUACUAGUGAUUAGAAACAUUUCAUUUAUUUUACAUUAAAAAAGUGUUAAGUAUAAAUGAUACAGGUCAUUUCGUUUAGUUAAUUUACAAUAUUUUUGUGACAAGUGCUCUCAAAAAGUGUGGGGAUUUUUGGCGUUUCAAGAGGUAAACGAGUUUUUCUUUGAAACCUAGAAGAAUCAACUCUACAUUUUGUAUUUGCAACGGAUAAUGCAUCUCUACAGGAUUUAACUAUACGCAGACAAUAUAACAGCACGUACAAAUUAGUAGGCAUUUCUAAAGUUUAAACCUACCACAAUGAUUUCUCCUCUUCGAGAAGACCUCCCGAACCCCUUGGAUGAGGACUCCACCCCCGUUGUAGCCCGGACCGGCGACCUACAGUGGUCUCUCCCCAUGGCCGCCCUGGGGCUCCUCCUUGUGAUGACCACCGUCCCCAUGGUGGCGGGUCAGAGAGGGGUGGGCAUCACAGGCAACACGUCGCCGUUCAAGGGAUACAGCGGGAUACGGGUGCAGCCGGACGCCAAGAGGAUGGCGUACUACCACGAACAGACCGUCGCUGUAGUGGAGGUUGGGCCGGCCAGGGAACUGUACAACUGUGAACUUAUAGAGGUCUACAAAUCUGGAGAACUGAAGAUGGCUCUUCGCAACUUAUCCUCGUUUGCAAAGCCGUAUCGCCUCACCUUUGAGGAGAUGGUGGAACUGAUGACUCUGUGUAAUCAGCUGUCUUCUCCCUACACUCCCUCGGACAGAAGUGGUGGUGGGGGGAGGGCAAUACCCAACAUCAACCCUGUCACCAUCCUCAGUGGGAUAUUACCAGGAACCAAAUGGUGUGGAGCUGGUGACCUGGCCAAGAACUACUUUGACCUCGGAGCUGAAGCCAACUUGGACAAGUGUUGCCGAGCUCAUGACCUGUGUCCCGUCAAAGUACGAGCCUACACAAGCCGAUACAACCUGACCAACAAAUCUCUAUACACUAAAUCACACUGCACCUGUGACGCACUGCUACAACAAUGUCUCAAGUCUUCACACAACCCUCUGGCAGACAUCAUGGGUAACAUCUACUUCAACCUGCUAAAAGUCCCGUGUGUGCGGCAGAGCAAAGAACGCAGUGUGUUUCAACCAGCCGAGAGAUACUCAUGAAUCUUCCUGUGUCAAGAUAUACUGUGUAGGGGGGGGGGGGUUAGUUUACACCCUUCACUAUCUAGGGAAACAUCACAACUGGGCAGUGCCGGAUUUACCACUAGGCCGGCCUAGGGCCGCAACAUUUUAUCAAAAUUAUUUUUUUAAACAAAGAUUGAAUUUUAAGUUUUUAAAAAUUAACAAUUUUCUGUUAUUGCCUACGAUGAUGAUCUCCAUGAGAUUGUGGCAAAUGUUCUUGUUACCACCACGGCCGCAGGUGGCAAUGGUGACGUCACUACAGUCACAGGGUAGUUUCAUCUGAUUGGCGUGGACUGCUCGGGUUAAUUUGACCCAGGGUCGCAAGUAGGCCUACUCAACUGGAGGAAAGUCCCUGAGAAAAGUCUCUGAGAAGCGAAGGGAGUCAAAAAAUUAGGCUCAGGCAUAAUGCCGGGAAAUGGAGGAAAGACCGGUUAAUCAUGCUUUAGUAAGAUAUUAAAUUAGUAUUUAUAAUUUAAAUAAUAUAUAAUCAGAAUAGUAAUAGUAUCAGAGACAAUUUUACUUGUUUAAAAAUAAAAUUAAAUAUUGUAGAGCAAAUGUUAUAAAAACUAAAAACAUACUUUUUUUUAUGAAGUGCUGAUAAUAUAUUGCAAAAUCUAAUUUGUGAAAUGUUUACUCUAUCCGAUUUUAUUUGUAUGGAACAUACAUUGAUGUUUCAUUCGAAAGUUAUAUUAUCUUCUCAAUAAACCAAUUAUUAGAAAGAACCCCAAUAAUUGUCAAACUAAUUAAACAAACAUUAAUAUAAUAGUAAGCUUGUUAAUGUAGCCUUUUACUGUGAGAGAUAAUAUUUAACUUUCAUAGAAUAACUUUUAAAAAAAUUAGUCCAUUACCAUAAACUUGCAAUGUUUGUGUUAUUAAGGAUAGAUUUUUUACAUUAAGAUUUACAGUACUACUUUCCUUUACUGAAAUGUUUAUUAUUUUCAAUAUUGACUUCAAUAAUCAACUGAACUUAAAAGUAUUUUGAUAAAUUACUCAGCAACAAUGUUUAGCUAAAAUAAAGAUGAAUAAAUUUUUGGGAAAAUUUGUAAUAGAUAAAUGUACAUAGUAAUUUAGACUAAGUUUUCAUAUUUUUUGUAAAUUAAAAUGUAUUAUGAAUGAUAAAUAUUUUUUUAUAAUAUGGUUUAUUUAUUUGAAGGCCCAUUAGAUUAUGUUUGGUGAGACAUACAAUUUUAAUUUCCAUACGUUAGACUAUUUGGUUUUUUUUCUCAGAUACAUAUAUAGUACCUGGUGACCGAGCUUUGC